ACCGGAGCAGUUGGAGACAAGCCUCCUUAGAACAAGAGCGUGCUCCAGCUCCCAGUUAAAUAUGAUCCUAAAUUCAAGGUCCAACCUUUGCUACUGCGUUAAGAAUCAGUAAAAGGAUACCUACAAAAGAGACAGAGGAGCUUCCUUUGACCUGAACCUAAACCUAAACAGAGGAUGGAUGAGAUAUAUGACUUCUUAAAAUCACGGGAUGUUUCAGAGGAAGUCAUACAACGACUGCAAAAGGAUAAGAUUGACUCCAGUGUCCUUCUGCUCAUGACAGAUGAGCAGCUUAAGGAGUAUCUCCCAUCUUAUGGUGACCGACUGGCACUUCUCGGAUAUUGCAGACGAAGGGAAAAUGAUCCUGCUGGCCGGAAAUCAAAACUUUUUGACAGAUUGAGAGCCAAGAUUUCAAAGAACACAGGCAACGAUCAAAAGCAGAUCUCAGAAAAUGUUAGCAUCAGAAAUGCUCAAAAAACUGUUCGAAAAGUUGAGAUAGGAUGGAUGAAUUCUCAAGAUGGGAAUUUUUUUCAAGUUCGGACAAAGAAAGGUGGUGGAACAAGAAAAAUUGAUGUGUCAAAGGAAUGUAGAAAAAAUGACUUAAUUGAAAAGGCAGUGGGUUUGUUUUUUCCGUCUCAAAGAAAUUCACAUGGAAGAAUUACAGAUUUUGAGGUUGACAUGACAGAUUUCCAGGAACAUUCACUUGAUGAACAUAUUACAGUUGGAGAACUUUAUGAGCAGACAAAACUACCUGUUUUGCGUUUUUACCUAACAACCAAAAAGAAGGACACUGGCAGCAACUCAGAACCAGACAACCCCAGUGGAAAUGACCAAGACACUUUAAGGUUUUCUACUCACUCUCAAGUUUGCACACCACUGACUCAAUCCAAAGCACCAGACAGCAUUGAUGCCAUAUAUGUUGGAACCAGCAGUGUCCUGACAAACAGCAGCAGUGAUAAUGUUUACCUAGUUUACUCUACUGAUGACAUGGGUGAUUUGUCCAAUGUCCAAGAGCUAGAUGCAGGAAUCAAUGGGGACAUUUUAGCAGACAGUGGCACUGUUACCUUUUUCACAGGACACAUUUCUGACACAGAUAGUCUCAGUCUUGAUGACACCCUUCCUCUGUCUCCACAGCCAUCUACUCCAGUGCUUUCUUCUUCACAAUUUGAUUCUUUGAACGAGCCAAUUGUUCAGAGAGAAGGGAUUAAGAAAAUCCUUGUUCUUCACCGUGGCCAGAUCCUGAAAGAACUAAUUUCACAUUUUUGUGAUCCAGGUGUCACUCAGGAGGACAUAUGUAUUCAAGUGGUGCUCCCUGAUGGAAGGCAAGAAAAGGCUGUUGAUGAUGGAGGAGUUUUGAGGGAUGUCCUCUCAGAAUUUUGGCAGGACUUUUAUGAACAGUGCACAAUGGGCAAUAACUUUAAGGUGCCCUACUUGCGUCAUGAUUUUGGACAGCAACAAUGGGAAAGCAUUGGCCGAAUUAUUGCCUUUGGCUGGCAAAAACAGAAGUACCUGCCUAUAAAACUUGCUCCAGUAAUACUGGAACAAGCAGUUCUUGGUUCUAUAAAGAGUCCUCUUGUUGAUAGCUUCUUAAGGUAUGUUACAGAGUACGAUCGGAUGGUGUUUGAAUCUUGUCUUUCAGAUUUUCAGAGUGUUGACAAAGAAGAGCUUCUGGAAAUCAUGGAUAUCCAUAACUGUCGAAGAGUACCAACAGCUGAUAACAUAGAGCUACUAUUUGAGGAGCUUGCCCACCAAAAGCUCAUUCAGGAACCUGCCUUUGUUAUUGAGCAGUGGAACACUGUCCUUUCCCCGCUGAGGUCAGAGAUGGAAAGUAUUACAGCUGCAUAUGAAAAUCUCCAGCCAACAUUAAGAAAGGUUAUACAUUCAAUUGUAUAUCCUGCAGUCAUGAAUGCACUGCAGAAAAACAUCAGCAGAUAUUUAAGUUCUUAUCUCAGAGAAUCAGACUCACAACACCUGUCACUUUUUCUGCGGUUCUGCACAGGAUCUGAUUUGUUUCUUCAAAAAACUCAGUGUUAGCUUCACUCAACUUCAAGGUAUUCAGAGACGGCCAGUUGCCCACACAUGCGGUUGCUACCUAGAGUUGCCAGUUAAUUAUGAUAACUAUCCAGAGUUUCGACACGAAAUGAACAAGGUCUUAGAAAGUAGUGUAUGGGUGAUGGAUAUAGUCUAACAGACUUCAGCUGAAGAACAUGUGAGUUUAAGGAAUCUUUGGUAACCUUAUUUGAAGGGGUGUGCAUAAGAUGACAUGAUGACACUGUCAUAAACAUGACAAUAUCUGUCAUGAACAUGAAGGAGUCUUUAUGAAUGUUUAUGAUAGUUGUCCUGAAGUGUCAUUCGGUAAAUAAUGACACUUUUAAUGCAAAGUUGCUCUAAAAGUUGCAUUAAAAGUCCAUUAAAAGUGCCAACUUUGCAUGAUUUUGUGAAUUAUGAUAAUUUAAUGCAAAGUUGGCACCUUUGAUGGACUUUUAAUGCAACUUUUAGAGCAACUUUGCAUUAAAAGUGGCAUUAUUUACCGAAUGACACUUCAUGACAACUGUCAUAAACAUUCGACUUCAUGUUCAUGACAGAUGUUAUGUCAUGUUUAUGACAGUGUCAUGCCAGUCUUAUGCACACCCUUUCAAAUAAAGUGUUACCAAAUCUUUUUGUAUUAAACUUUCAAAGUUUAGCAUUAUCUUAAGUUUUUUAGCUCAUCUUAACUCCACAGAGUUUCUACUUUUUGCAAUUUAUUUUUCUCUUAUAACACCUGCAAUGUCAUAGUAGGCACUCCACUACUAGUGUUUUUUUGGGGGUUUUCUGUUAAAGUACUCCAAAAUUAAAGUUUAAAGCAUAAAUUUGAGUUGGCAGUAAAAUGUAUUUUCUCAAUAUUUUGGGUUUAUUAAAUUUAAAUAUUUUAUAUUGUUACUAGAUUUUUUUUUUACUUUUAAUUUUACUUGAGGCUGCAAAAGCUGGUUUGUUCCACAAUUAAAAAUACAAUAUGGCCGCCGCGCUUGUAAACAAGCGGCUCUUAGUUGCAUAAAUAAUUUAUGAAUAAUUUCUGAUGUUUUGUUUCUUAUAUUAGUCACAUAAUUUAAAUGUUCAGUGGAUGAACAUGUUGCUACUCUGUUUGAAUGCAGUUCUGGAAGAAAUGGAGUAAAGUGUUUCAUUUACCCUUAUUCCUCAAAAAUUUUCUUUUGUUUACUCAGCAUUUUAUGUAUAUUUUUGUUUUAAGUAAACAUAACCUUAAAAUAUUUUCAAUAACAGAUUGGUGCCAUUGCAAUAGCUCAAUAUCAGAUUUAACCAGAAAAUAACUAAAAAAGAACACUUUUCUUUCUUUUUUUUUUUACACCUUGAAGCAUUGUCAUUAUCUUAAAGAAUUAUUUUAAAACAUUCAAAGGCUUCUCUAAUAGCUAAAUAGAGACUUUAAUUUUGAAGUUCAAUAAAGUGCCUUUUCCAGUUUAUAUGUGUGAUUUAUUUGGGGUGGGGAAAGCUUUAAAUCAGCAUUGUGUUGCACACCUGAAAAAUAAUGAUGUUUCUACAGCAGUUCUCAAUUCAUUUAUUUCCUGUUUAAUAAUCAGCAUAAUGUUCAAACUGUAAUGCAAUGAUAUUGAUAAUAAAGGGAAAAUAUCAAAGCCAAAAAUCAUCUGUCCAAUGCAUCAAUAUAUUUUUCUAAUGUCAGACUUAUUUUAUCAGCUCAGCAUGAUUUAUCUUAUUUUAGUGUCUCUUCUUGCUUAGUUACAGAGCUUGUGAAUGGCUUUGACCCAUCUUUAUACUGGUGCAACAAUGUGUUGAAGCAAAUGCUGCCACUCUCAGAAUGUCAUCAAAUAUCUACUGAAGUCCAAAUUAGGGACGAGGUAGCAAACUGUCAACGCAACAAAAUGUUUUUACAUUUAUCAAUGCAG